AUGAAAAAGAAAAAUCCCGCUCUGUCAAAAUCCAAAGUUUCGUCUAAUUCACAAAAACAAAAAAUCAAAAAAAUAUCAAAUUUAAACUCACCAAUGAUUUCUCAAACAAAGACUUUUCAAAAGACGUUUUUCAAAAGACAAUCAACAAAUAAUUCUUUUCAUAAACCAACAAAUGUAAUUGAUAAAUUUCCUUCAACUAAGCAUAAAAGUGAUAUAAAUCAAAAGGUUGAAAAUGUUCGAAAGGUUGUCAACCUUCAAAAUUUUAAGACAACUCACAACCUUGUGAAUGUCCGAAAAUCUGACAAUCUUCGAAAAUCAACACAUUCUCAAACGAAUGUCAAAUUCACUCCAGAAAAAACAAAUUUUCCAAAUCCAUUAGUUCAUAAAGCAACAAAGGUUUCGUACUCAGAAGGUACUUUGGAUGUGCAAUCAAUCAAUCAUUGGUUUGAGGGACAAGGGAAAAAGUUUCAAUUAGGAAAGUUUUCUCAACAACAUAUCAAAAAUGCUUAUGAAGAGUAUUUAAAUGAAUCUUCAACUGGAAAUUUAUCUUCUCAAGAAUUGAAUAUUCCGGUGCAAAGAUGGCAACCAAUCAACAAAGCUACACGAAUUGAGAAGUCUGAGGUGAAAUCAAAUGAAAGUCCAAAACUAUCGAAAAAUUAUGUUUCAAUAUCUUUAACUAAUGCUGUUGGCUUAAUUGAUAGUGUAAAAACAAAAGUUCGAACUUGGGCUUUAAGUUCUAAAUUCCAUUCAUUGUUUCAAGCUAAUAACCAAGGAACCAAAAAGCCUUGGUCGAAACGAUAUGGAGAUAUGUUUACACUUGAUAUCAAACCAAUUGUGGGAAAACCAUCUGUGUGUCUACUUUCGAAAGCUACAAAUGAUGUCAGCUGGUUAUGGCAUAGGCGUUUAUCACAUCUUAACUUUCGAAACUUGAAUAAGCUGGUUGCAGAAGACUUAGUUCGUGGUUUACCUGUGCUGAAAUUUGACAAUGAUACUCUUUGUGCAACAUGCGAACAAGGAAAACAACAUUGUAAAGGACAUCCAAUGGUCAUAGAUUCGAAAAUUGUUGAACCGUUGCAAAUUCUUCACAUUGAUCUUUGUGGAACAUCAACCGUUUAA